AUGUUGAUGAAAGUACCAAAUGUCAUCGACAAGAUGUUAUUUGAGAAUAUCAGCCAUGGCGCGGAAGCUGUGUUCAGAAACACACUGCACUCAAGUGUACCUUAUGAUAAGAACAAGAAACAGUGCAAAGAUAUGAGGGAUUUGUGUGAAGAUAUAAAAGUAUGGAACAUGGAUCCACAAGACCAAACGGUUGGGCAAUUCUUGACAAUGUGUGGCCCAGAUUGCAAUCUUUGCCAACAAAAAAUUCAACCGAAACCACAGCAAAAGAAGCAGAAGCCAAAAUCACCACCAGACCAAAAAAAACUAAAGUCGAUACUGGAAAAACUGCGAAAAUUAUUUUCGGUAAGUUUAUAA